UUGACUGUCCCUUUAUCGAAAAAAUGGCCUCCACACUUUUGAAAAAUACCGUGCGGGUUUCAAGUUGCUUUUCGCAAGUUAUUAGAACAGCUGUUCCAAGACUGGCGGUCGCAGCAAGCAUACACAACAGUUCUUCAACGAACAACACAAGAAGAUGCCCGAAUUCCUACACCCUUUUGACACCACAAAUUCCUUCCUUUCAAAGUGCUAGGCAGUAUGCCAUGCAUAUUCCACUUUCAAUCUCCAACGUAACUGAAAGAGUGCUGUUGGUUUUGCGACUUUACGAUAAAGUUGAUCCAGAAAAGCUGAGUGAAACCUCAAACUUCAUGAAUGAUCUUGGGUUGGACAGUCUGGACCAUGUCGAGGUCAUCAUGGCCAUGGAGGAUGAGUUUGGCUUUGAGAUUCCAGAUGUUGAUUCAGAGAGACUGGUGACUCCUAAGGACAUUAUCCAGUAUAUUUGUGAUAAAGAGGACAUCUAUGAAUAAAUCAAAGGGUGGAGAGUAAUCAAGUCUAUCUGUUUAGAUCAACAUCGCAUGGUGACUUAGUAGAUCAAAGUUUCUAUAGACUGUGAAGUUAACUCUCGUUAUUUCUGGAAGUUAUUUCUGGAAGUUCAUUUUGACUCACUCAGUUUGUUCACUUACAGCAUGAACCAAUAGGAACUUAUUUUCUUGUGGAUUUAAUUGUGUACUGAAAUUUUCUUGAGUUUUAUAAGAGUUUCAAAUGUGCUGCAUUAUGAUAUUGUUAUAGAUAAAAUGUGCUUAGUAUGA